AUGGCCUCCGUGCUUUACUUGGAGCACUACUUAGAUAGUAUAGAAAGUCUGCCUUCUGAAUUACAAAGGAAUUUCACGUUAAUGAAAGAGUUGGAUCAAAAAAAUCAAGAUAUAAAAGGAGAAAUCGAUAAAUUAACACAGCAAUAUGUACAAGAAGUAUCUAAUUUAAAGAGCGAUGAAAGGCAGCAACGAUUGGAUGAUAUAAAUUGUACCUACAAGAAAAGUCAUAUGAUCUGUGAUAAUAAAGUUCAACUUGCAACUCAGACAUAUGAAAUGGUUGAUAAACAUAUUCGAAGAUUAGAUUACGAACUAGCCCGAUUUGAAGCUGACUUGAAAGAAAAAGAACAGGAAAUUACAGAAAACCGAAGCCGCUCUACAGGACGGAAAAAGACGAGCAGAAAAAAGUUGAAAACAUCAACGUUAAUUGAUUUAGUAAUUAUAGAUGUUGGAUGCAAUAGGCUUGAAACUAUCUCCAGUGCUGCAUCUGUGAUUGCACAAUCGCAAUCUAUAUUUAAUGCAAGAGCUGUAGAUAUGCCAGUGGAUCCCAAUGAACCUACUUAUUGUUUAUGUCAUCAGGUUUCUUAUGGCGAAAUGAUUGGAUGUGAUAACACUGAAUGCCCUAUAGAAUGGUUUCACUUUCAAUGUGUUGGAUUAACUACAAAGCCGAAAGGAAAAUGGUAUUGUCCCAAAUGCACACAAUCAAGAAAGAAGAAAUGA